UAACACUGUAUGAAUGCAACUUUAGACCUUUGUUUAUGCUGGGAAAAUAUGACAAAUUUUCAAUGCUGUUUAUUAUAUAAUUGAUUUAACACUUAACAUCUCCUACAGAUCUUGAAACUACAAUUACGGUUCAAGUAUAGUAUGCAAUAUUGUUUCAUCUUGUUGUUGUGAAUAAAAAUAUUUGUAAAUUUUGCACAAGGAUAAACUAUACACAGUGAAGCAAGCCACACUGUUGAUGAUGAGAAAGAGGAGGUUCCUGACAACAUGCCAUCAACUGAUAUGUUAGCAAGUUAUGAUUCAUUUGACGGUCAAAUUGGUGGACACAAGAGUAUAAAGGGAGUAAAAUGCAUGGUGGCAGAUAAAACUGGCCAUCUUUUUAAAUACAUUGAUGAGUCGGGAAGAGGAGAGAACGAAGACACAUUUUAUAAAACUGUCUUUAGUAUUCCUGACUUCAUUCCACUAAGAGAAUUUGUUCCGAAAUCCUACGGAUUGGUAAACGUUGUCAAAGAUGGCAAAAUAUUGAAAUAUUUAAAACUUGAAAAUUUGUUGUAUGGCCUUCAUCAACCGAAUAUAAUCGACAUUAAAAUUGGGAGAGUAACGCACGAUCCUUUUGCUUCUAAAGAGAAGAUCGAACGAGAGGAGACUAAGUACACACCACAGAAAGUGAUAGGAUUCCGCAUGUCAGGACUAAAGGUCUACAAUUCUUUUAAGGAAAAGUAUCAUUGCUACCAAGGACCUGUGUUUCGCUCUUGCACGUGCUUCGACUCAGCUGCUGAAAAAACUGUAGGAUACUUAAAAAAGUUUUUUGGGCUGUACAACAAUGUUAAUGGUUCGUUCUGUGACGAAAAAGAAGUCGUAAAUCAUCAAGAUUGCUUACGUUGCGGAAAAUGGUUACGCCGUUACGCCGUGUGGUCCAUAGUUACGCACAUGAUUGAAGAUUUGGAGAAAUUAAUACAGGUUCUAAAGAAACAAAAACGUAUAUCAUUUUACGCGAGCUCGAUACUUCUCGCUUUUGACUCAGAAAAACUUGAUUCACUCGGUCAUUGCAACCUUCAUGAAGCGAAAACCGUUCAUUACUACCCUUCGCUCGACCCAGCCCUCUCAGUGAGCUGCGUUCACGUGUGCUCUAGUAGUUUGCAGAACGUUUUUACUUCCAAGAACGAAUCGAAGAUUAUGGAAGAACUUUCUUCUAAAGGUGAAGACAUGAAUUUAACUCGCCGGCGAGUUAAAAAGUUAGAGGAAUGUGUCGAAAUAUAUCGACACGUGCAAGUACCGUACAUUGCGCGGAUGAUCGAUUUUGGUCACACAUACAUCGAUUUAGAUCCUGGUCAUAGUGACACGAAUUAUUUAUAUGGGUUAGCGAGUCUAAUUAAUUUUCUUAAGAUAGUAAAAAGUGAUAUUUUUAUUUGAUGCUUUCUAUUUUCUUUUGUAAACGAAAACAAUCCUAAUUUAUUAUUCACGGUUAAGUGAAAAAAUGUGCUUUAUAACCCUUGGCGCGCGAAGCUUGAGAUAUACAGGCAAAAAUAAUCUAGGUUUUUUUCUUACCCUCCAAUAACCACUUGAAUUAUUUUUUGGGUUAAAAAGGUUCUUUUUUACAAUUUGGCGCGCGUUCUAAGGGUUGAAGUAUUCUAUAUCUUAUUUUUUUAAGAUCGAUUUAUUUGUUUUGUGUACGUUGACACUUUCCCGCGCAAAUAUAACUGGAAUAAAUUAUCAUAAUUUUAGUUUUGUGGACGUCAGCACUUUGAUCGUUCCCACGAAUUCUCAGAUGGUUGAAAGUGUCAAUUAUUUUCAGUGCAAUUAUUACUCUGUACUCAUAUAUGCGAUUGUUUAUAAGAACUUAGUUUAUAAGAACGUCGAUGCUGAUUUUUUGCCCCAAAAUAAAUAGUAAUAAUAAUGAAAUAAUUAAAUGAGACCAUAUUAAAAACG